GGUGCUCAUUCUCACCAAGACUCCCAGCUGACCUAUUUUAGGCUUUCCGGGAUUACGCGUCACAUGCCGUGUCUUGGCCUUCUCCUUCUUUCUGCUUGUUUUCUCUCUUUGCUUGACGACGGGUGUGUCAGCGUCUGACCAAUGGCACGGUAAGAUGUACGGUGCACUUACAUACUAAUGAUUAGCUACGCGGAUAAAUUACAUCCACCGCUAUGAGCUUUAUAAGCAGACGACGCCUACAUAUUCUUCAAUAUCGCCAUCAUGACAAUCCUUCUCACAGGCGGAACCGGAAAGACAGGCAGCCGCAUCGCUCGUCUUCUCCAAGAUGCAAACCAGCCCGUCCUCCUCACCUCCCGCAAAGGCAUCGUCCCCGCACCUUUCAAAGGCGUCAAGUUCGACUGGUACGACCCCUCAACCUUCGAGGGUGUCUUCGCUGCCGACCCGAACAUCGACCGAAUCUACCUCAUCUCGCCUGCAGCCAGCUUAGAUGUCUUCACUCCGAUGAAACCUUUCAUUGAUCUAGCAGUGCAGAAGGGCGUCAAGCGUUUCGUCCUCCUCAGUGCGUCAACGAUCGAAGCCGGCUACCUGGGGAUGGGGAAGGUACAUGAGUACCUGAUCUCGCUCAAGGUCGAUUAUGCCGUCAUUCGUCCUUCGUGGUUUUAUGAGAAUUUCCUGACGCUCCACAUUGGGAGUAUCAAGGGACAGAACACGAUUGUGAGCGCGUGUGGGGACGGGAAGAUUGGGUUUAUAUCUGCAGAUGAUAUUGCGGAUUUGGCUGUUAGCGCGUUGACGGACAAGAAAAGCCAUAAUACGGACCAUGUUCUUGUGGGACCUCAGUUGCUCUCUUACGACGAUGCUGCUGCGAUCUUCACAGAAGUGCUUGGCCGAAAGAUCACUCACACACGUAUUACUGUCGAGGAGCUGAAGACGAAGUAUCUCUCUUUUGGUCUUCCAGAAGAUUACGCCACGAUGCUCUCGUCUUUGGAGGGCGAGAUUGCUAAAGGUGUUGAGGAAAGGAUAUUCGUUGAUCCGAAAAAGGUUGCUGGGAAGAGGACGUUGAGGAGCUUUGUGGAGGCAAACAAGGAUAGCUUUUAGAGCGGUCUGUCGUGGUAUUCAAUGACUGUAAUUUCAGGGAGAUAGGAAUGUACAAUUGUGAAAUGAUCACCGG